GUCUGUGAGGACCAAUUUGUCGAAUGCCCUCUAUAUAAGAGGUUGGGUGAAAUGGAUUGUAGCAGAUCUGCCGUAAAGGCGGCUUGUAGGAAGACAUGCAACGCUUGCGAUCCUUAUGGUACUCCCAACAAGCGAGCUGGUCUACUGGGUCCGAUCGACCCGUACCGUCAAGUUUGCAGGGACGAAGCAGGUCGUUGGUGUAGUACAACUACAAAUCUGAGAUGUGAUAUUCCCUUUAUAAGCAAAAGGUGUGAGAAAAGUUGUGGAGUUUGUGAAGACACAGGAGAGACAGAGUGUGAGGACCAGAGUGAACGAUGCCCUAUGACUGCAUUCAAAGAUGGUUAUUGUAAUCCAAUACCGAUAAGAGAACAAUGUCCGAAGAGUUGUGACAUUUGCGGCAGUGGAUUUGCAGAUAAAAUAAGGAAACUAUGUCGGGACUACAGUCAUGAAUGCGGCCGCCUUGAUUUUUGUUAUUCAAGACUGCAUACGAAAGAACUCUGCCCCAAGACGUGUGGAUUCUGCAAUUUUGUGUAUGACAUUUGAAAUCCUCAGCUGUCCUUGAUUGACCAUUGUGGAAAUAUAGACACUGAGUAACUUAAAGACAAGAAUCUUACUUACUUUUUUUUUGUGGUCAUAUAGUAGAUCAUUUCGUCAAAAGGUAAGGAUGAUCCGAGGAAAAAGUUCUCAAAAUUAAGCACCCUAUAAUAGAUUUCAUUAUGUUACAUUAUACUAAAUUGAAAAGGUAUAUUUUAAAUAUGUGGAGUCCUAUAUUCUAGAGUAAUAAGUGAAUUACAUUAUCAAGUUACAAUCGGAG